AUUUUACUGGAAUAGUUAGAAAUAUGAAUUGAUCUCGGAGCGAGCGGCCUUUUUGAAUAAGAGUUUUUCUUCAGAAACUUCACCAAGUCAAGAAUAGAAGAAGAUGAAAGUAGCUCUGUGUUUAUUGACUAUUGUUAUAGCAGCCAUCACAAGUAGUGAAGGGGCAGUGCCAUACGCAUAUGCACCAAUGCUUUACACCUUCCAUGAUUUGUUGGCUCAAUCUGCUUGUGCUGCUCGUAGUAACGAAACACAAAGGGUUUGGGCAUUGAGGAGAUCCUGCUGUGGUGUGAAAACAUGCAAUCGUAUCUGCAAUGAAAAGAGGCUGCUUUGUAUACACGCGUACUUCGUAGACAAAAAUCCCCUGAUGCUUCCCAGAACGGACGAUCGUAGUAUAACAGAAGAAGGCAGCAAUGGACUGAGCAUGACAAACUUUAUGGAUGGCUGCUCAUGGCGAGCUGGUCACUGUGGACCGAACUACUGUUGUUGUGAGGGGAAAUGGGACACGAUUUUUGCUCCUUAGAUUUUUCAAGGGCAGUUAAACCUCUUAUGUAGUUGUAACAGAUUUUGCAUGCACAAAAUACUUACAGUGCCAUAUUGAUUGAAGAAAAUACUGCUUUAUUAGAGUUAAUGAGAGACUUGUAUUAAAGGUCUGCUGACAGA